CCUCAGCAACUGGGUCAUCAUUCAGCCUCUCAAUCAUCAUCAUCAUCAUCAUCACCACCACCACCACCACCAUUACCACCCUGACUGUGCUUUCUUAAAGGUACCCACCCAUAUUUCUGUUAACUUUCACCAUUCAUGAAUUCAUCUUCACAUCAAUAGAUUCGUUCAAUCGAACCUCAAACUUUUGCGACUCAUUCAACUCAAUUGCAGUUCAUCAAUCGUGGGGUGGAUGUAUUCAAUUUCCCUUUCAAUCAAGUGGGUUCUCACAGAUUUAUGAUAACUAAGCAGCUUCAUAUGUAAUCUAAGUUUCUUGAUUGUUAUCAUAAUCUGUUUUGAUCAUCAUCAAUGGCAAGAAAAUCUCCAAAAUGUCCUCCUACAGUUGAACCAAAUCAAUUUGGUUGUGUGUGGAAUUUUAGUGAUGUGUUUGACCACCGCCACCACCAUCAUGGCCGCCCCCACCGGAAAAUGCUGUCAGAUGAGAGCCAUGGGAGCAAAGGUGUUCCAGGAGCCGAACAUACAAGAAACCUAGUACGAGUGCUCACCUUCGAUGAACAACUUAGAAACAUCAAUAUUGAAUCGAAGAAGAAAACCGCAAGUGUGAAGCAAUCUCUGAAAGGAGAAACGAGUUCUUCAGAUCACACAAAUAAGAAUAAUGAGGUGUGGAAGAACACGAUGGAUAAAUCUUUUUGGAAAAGGAUAAAAUCCCGAUAUGAGAACCCGAACAAGAAAAAGGAAAACCCGAGCAUUGUAGAUAGAAUCGUGGUGUUAAAGCCUAGUCAACAUGUUGUCGAAUGUCCGGUUGAUGUAGGAUGUCGGUGCUCGUAUUUGCAGACUCAUAAUAGAUCAACAAGUAAGCAACAAAUAGUUAAGCACACGCAGGUUUCGUUUAAUGACGUUAGAAAAAAUUUGAAAUAUGCGAAGAAACUGAAGAGCAUCCGAAAGACGAGAUCUUGUGAGGCUUUUGAAGGCGGUGAAAUCGAUGGAAGCGCUUCUAAAAUGGAGAAAGUGUCGUUGGUACCAUUCUCGAAGCAAGGAGAACCGGAAAUAUUCAUGGAAGCAAGACGACACCUUGCCGAAAGAUUACGGCAAGUUGCGAUGGGCGAGAGCAAGCCUUCGACAUCUUCAAGUAAACGAGGUUCCCGAACCUUGGAGAGGAUACUACUCUCGUCUCCAAUACAUGAGUCGAUGGCUACUUUUGGUCGGAAAUCAGAAGAAAUCUUUAGUUUGCAGACUCGGAAAGAGAAGACGUGGACCGGCUCGAGCUCGUUGAACCAGAUCGAAGAUUCAAGUGCUACUGGGUUUUUUGAGAUCAUGGAUGCGGAUGAUCUUCUUCGAGGUGUCACAAAGUUCUCAAACAAGGACUCGGUGCCAAACAACGCUGGUGUGAUGGGACGAGAUGGGUGCAUCAAACGAUCGCUACUGGAGUUUUCGUUGGAUGUUUCCUCACCGAAAGCGGAUUGCAAAUCGCAAAACAUGGAUCACGAUCAAUUCAGAGAGAAUCCGAGCCCGGUGUCUGUUCUUGAAUCGUUUUUCACAGACAAUGUCAGCAGUCCUACAAGCACUGUCGAAUCUGUUGAACUCCAAAUUCAACCACAUCGUCUAGAUUUUGAAGAACACUCAUCGCAAACUUCAUCGCCACCAUAUCAGAAAACCAGUUUAAGUUCGUUCAUGGAGGAUCGAGGAUUCAUUUCUUCAUACGUUAACGCGAUCUACCAAACUUCUCAGUCGAACUGGGAGGACUUUUUAGUGACGGAUUAUCCGUCGGAAUCAUCGUGUGACCAUAAACUUCUCCACGAUUGCGUGAAAGAAGUCUUGAUUGCUUCAUAUUCGCCAUGGAUGACCUUAUUUAACUCAAAGGUUCGGCCUUUUUCAUUGGAAAAAGACGUGGUCGACGAGGUUAUCGAACAAGUUGGCUGGCACACCAGUCAACCCAUGGUUCCACGGACGCUAGAUAAUCUCGUCAGAAGAGAUAUAACGAAAUGUGGACAAUGGGUUGACGUUAUAUCACAUAGAAAUGAUAUCGUGUUUGAAGUCGUAGAUGAAACUCUACAAGUAUUGAUCAUGGAAGCUAUCUCCGACAUUCAUGCUUGAAGCCGUGUUGACUUUUAGUUUAACCUAUUAGUCCGGGCUCAUGGUUCACGGGCUCAAGCAGGCCUGGCUUGAGUCGAACCGCUGACGGCUAGUGUCUUAUCAGUUAGUAUUAUAGAGAGAAGAUGUAGUUGUUACAGUUUUUUUGGUCAUUUUUUGUGGGAUAUGAGACUUAUAUAUGUAUAAAUCACAUGAUAAGGUCGAGACAUUCAUUGAAUAAGGGCAUUGGAAGGUUGUACUUUAUGCCUCAUGUGUUGUACAUUGACAUCAAGAUUGUACCUUGGUUUCUUGAUC